UGGAGAAAGAGGAGGAAAAAAAAGGAAAUGAAAGUAGAAACCGGAAAAGUAGAAGGAGCCAGUGAGGAGGCAAUUAAGGUGGAUAAAUAUGAUUUUCGCAAUUUUGACUUUUUUCAAAUUAGAAAAGAAGUUAUGGCGAUUGACCCUGAAAAAUAUCCCGAAGAAAAAUUUCGCCGCUUGUUAGAGGAAUAUAACGAAAAGAAAAUAAGUGUUCGGGAUUUAAAUAGUAAAUUAAUGGAGAAAAAAUUAAUGGAAAGGUUAUCGCAAGAGAAAAAGGAAAAAUUUGUCGAUGAAUUGAUUGAGUAUUUUCUUAAAUUAAAUGAAGAUAUUCCGGAUUGGAGUUUACGAAAAGAGGAAAGGAGAAAGGCUCGGAUGGAAAUCGCUGAAAAGAGCAAAAGGAGUUGGGGAGAGAAGAUGGCU